CCCCGGCGGGCCGUGCGCGGAAGCGCGGCGGGCGCCCAUCGCCGCGGGUCGGGCUCGUUCCCGUUCCCGUUCCCGUUCCCGUUCCCGUUCCCGUUCCCGUUCCCGUUCCCGUUCGCCGCCGCCAUGGCCGCCGAGUGCCUGCGGGAGUGGGAGGAGCUGCAGGACGGCUACCAGCGCAUCCAGGAUAAUCACAAGCUGUACAAGCAGAAACUCGAGGAGCUAACCAAGCUCCAGGACGGGAUCUCCAGCUCCAUCGCACGGCAGAAGAAGCGGCUGAAGGAGCUGUCAUUGUCCCUCAAAAAAUGCAAAGCCGACGUGAGCCCCGAACAGGAGGAGUCCAUCCAAGAGACCCAGAGCCUAAUAAAAGAGAGGCAGAACGUUUUCUUUGAGAUGGAGGCCUAUCUGCCAAAGAAGAACGGGUUGUACCUGAGUCUGGUGCUCGGGAACGUGAACGUCACGCUGCUCAGCAAGCAGGCCAAGUUCGCAUAUAAAGAUGAGUACGAGAAGUUCAAGCUCUACCUCACCAUCAUCUUACUCAUUGUCUCCUUCUCUUGUCGGUUCCUUCUUAACUCCAGGGUCACAGAUGCUGUCUUUAACUUCCUCCUGGUGUGGUACUACUGCACCCUCACCAUCCGGGAGGGCAUCUUGAUCAACAACGGAUCCAAAAUCAAAGGCUGGUGGGUUUUCCAUCACUACAUCUCCACCUUCCUCUCCGGUGUCAUGCUGACAUGGCCGGACGGGCUCAUGUACCAGAUGUUCAGGAACCAGUUCCUCUCCUUCUCCAUGUACCAGAGCUUUGUGCAGUUCCUCCAGUACUACUAUCAGAGCGGGUGCUUGUACCGGCUGCGAGCGCUGGGGGAGAGGCACAACAUGGAUCUGACCGUGGAGGGCUUCCAGUCCUGGAUGUGGAGAGGCCUCACGUUCCUGCUUCCCUUCCUCUUCUUCGGGCAGUUCUGGCAGCUCUACAACGCCAUCACCCUCUUCCGCAUGAUCCAGCACCCGGAAUGCAAGGAGUGGCAGGUCCUCAUGUGCGGCAUCCCCUUCCUCAUCCUCUUCCUGGGCAACUUCUUCACCACCCUCCGUGUCGUCCACCAGAAGUUUCAGAACAAGAACAAAGACACGAAGCAGAAUUGAAGGGGGGCAGCGUGGGGGCCAGGACUGUUUCUCCCCGCUGGCUCCGUCUCCCAUCCCCGCCUCCUCGAUGCCGUCCGGACUCCGGGGUCUCACCCCGUUCCUUGGAAGCCUGGGUGUGGGGCAGAGCCUGGGCCCUGCUCACAAAUAGAACACAGUGUGUUCGCUGCAGUGCUGGAUCUGUGCCCGAGUCACACACCUGGAGGCGGGAGCACCCUGCAACCCCCGUCCCAUCUGCCUUCCUCCUCUGGAAGAGCAGGGUGCCUGGGACGGCCGCUCCCCUUCCCCCUGCCCUGAAGACAUUUACUGGGAUGAUUCUCUGGGGUCAAGCCCAGCUCUGAGCUCUCCCCACCUCGCCGGGGGGCAGCCCGGGGUGCCCAGCUUGCAUCGACUCCCCUGGGCCAAGGCGGGCCGGCAGCUGCCCCUUACACCGCUCCGGGGGUGGUCAAGGCUCUCCCCAGCCCGACACCCAGGGCAGCCCCAGCGCGGUGGAGGCGGAGGUAGAGAGGCCCUCGCCUCUCAUCGGCUGCAAGCAAGUGCUUCCCUGGCUGCCCCGGCAGCCCUCUUUAAUUUCAAGAGGAGCUGGAGGUCUGUACCUCAGUUCCUCGUUUAACCUUCAAGCCUCGGGGCGGAGGGGCCGGGGUGGCUGAGCUGUGGCACGGGGAGGGGUGGGAGCACUGUGAGCCUGAACCAGGCUUCACGCUGGAGCUGGGCGAGCAGCGCCCUGGUCUCGCGUCGCUGGAGGAUGCGCGUGGGAAAAUAAAGGGAAGGAGCCGCCCCGGGUUGCUGGGGUGGACUCGGACCAGCUCGUGUGCUCUGUGGCUUGGGCCUGUCUGGUAGUGGUCACGUUGCGUCAGGGGGGAGGGAAGAAAAAAACCCCCCACCUCCGGCUGCCCCCACAGCGGCUGGGGUGUGGGAUGGGAUGGGAGGGCAGCGCUGGGAAAUGCCAGCUCCCUCCCUUGCAGGGCAGUGUGCUCCCCCCCCAGCCUGAGCUGUGCUUCCCCUAACCCCGGUCCAGCCACAGCCACCAGUGGGGCCGUGAUGGGGCAUUGACUCAGGGAGGGGUUGGGGACACAGGGAACAGCACAGCAGCCAAGGGCUGGUUUGAACAAGCGCGGCGCUGGUCACCGCCCGACUCGAGCCCAACGGGGAAGAAGCCACCACCCGCGGUCUGGGUGCAGGUGUGAUGACGAGUCAAUUCUCUCUCUCCCCAAGUAGCAGAGGGCCCAGGGGCUGCUGCGCUCUCCUGCGCGGCCGCGGGCUGCGCCCCGGGAUCUCCCCCGGAGCAGGGACACCUCACACCACCACUCCUCGAGGUCCAGAGCGCCCUUGGCGCGACAGGUUCUCGGCCGGGGAGCAAGAGCACGCCAGCACUGAAGUCUCGGCGUAGAGACACAGAGGAUUGCUUGCACACCUCUAGUCCUUUAGACCCGAACCACUGAGCGAGCCUGGGAGUAGGAGCGGAUCCAGCCGCAGCCAGGCUCCGCUCUGAGGAGCUGAGCACACGAGGGGAUCCUUGCUGAACCUCCUGACUCAGCGGGAGGGUCUCCCUAACUGUUUUGUCUGACCCUGCCCUCUCCGACGUAAAUACCAAGUGACCCUCACCCUUGCAUCUCGUUAAACUACUAUUAAACUAACUUUGUUAAA